AUGUAUGUUAUAAUUGCUCAGCUAGCAUAUGUAGAGCUGGUAUCUGCUUGUAGGAUAACUGAAAAGGAGGCCACUGAAUGGAUUGCCUCAACUAUCCAUCCUUGCCUUCCUCCUCAAACAUAUUUAACUUGCAGAUUUUUCUCUGCACGGAAGCAUGGCCUUGUGGAUGCUGCUGUUAGGAACUGUGAUUCUGACAGAACAGCUAUAGUUGCUUUCCCUGGUGGAAUGGGCACUCUAGAUGAGAUAUUUGAGAUAUUGGCAUUGAUUCAGCUAAAGAGGAUAGGGUCUAAAUUUCCGGUUCCUUUUCUUUUGAUGAAUUAUGAUUCUUUCCACUCGAGGUUUUUGGACUUCCUUGAUGACUGUGAACAUUAUGGUGCCCCCUCCAGAGGAGACCUUGCAUCAAUGUGGAAGAUUUGUAGUGAUAACCAUGAAGGUCUUGCUUACUUGGCUGAAUUUUAUGGCCUCUCAUCAAAUUUAGAUUAUAUGCUAAAUUAGCAAGAACAUACAUGAAAAGUUUUCCGAAGGAGAAUAUACUAUGUGAAUGCACAAAGGGGAAUUAUUGUCAGGCGAAGCUCUCUGAUCCAAUCAAGGAUUCAAGAAGGAAACAGUCUCAGGAAGAAAAGGUGGUGUCCUCUUGCUUCAGUUUCCUGACUUGGCUAAUGUCGGUGGUCAUGUCUGUCAUCAUAAGCUUAUGCAGCUCUUUGAUCAGACGCACGAAGAUGGUGUGAAAGUGGAGCCUGUUCUUGUAAUUGGCUUGCUCCAGGCUUCUGCCUUGCUCUGUGCUAGUAGUAUUAAAGUGUAUGUGUGAUGGUUAAUUUUUUAUUAAGAAAUGUUAUUUUGGCAAUUGAUGUUAUAUUAUUUAUUAAGAUUACAGUUGUUAAAUAA